AUGGAUCAGUCAAGCAGUUUUCGUCUUUUUUCUUACCAUUAUUCAAGCAUUAUAAUUGUCACUUCAUUAGCACAGUGCUCACACAAAAAGCCUCGAAUUCAGGAUCGAAAGGACAAAAUUGAAAUAAAGAAAAAAAUGAAAAAUGCGCAUACUCCAGCAUCAGAAGAGAAAAUAAGAGAUAAACAAGAUAAAAGUAACAGUCCAGAUGAAAAAAAAAGGGCAGCGCUAGAAGAACAACACACGUCAGCUGUUGAAGAUGCCGAGAAGGAAAAAGAACGCUUAAAGGAAAUGGGGGAAAAACGUAUUGAAGAAAUAAAACCCAAAAUUAUGAAACGAAAUGCUAAAGAGGAACGAAUAGCGAAAGGUAAGGAGACACGUGGCAAAGGUGAUUAUCCGACUAUGGACGAUGUACUGAGUGACUGGGAUUCUGAAAGAGAUGGUAAAAAGAAAAAUGAGGAUGAUGAUCAGAAAUCAAGAGCCAAUACAAAUCUCGAAGAUGUUGACGACAUGAGAAAGAAUGAAGAAAAAAAACCAGCAGAAAAUGGUGAUGCGGAAGAAAAGAAAAAAGAGGAUAAAGGUGGUGAAGUUUGCUGCUUCUAG